GCGCCUGGCGUCUCCAGUAGCAGCAGAAGCGCUGCUCUCAGUGCACUCCUCCUCGCUCGUUACGCAUCUGACGACAGACGGCUGACACCGACCGCGACAACGGAUACGGUAGCACUGUCGUUGGGUACACAAGAGGGUGACCGGGACGUCAAGCAGUCAAUUCAGAAGCGAGGAGAGAAUUUGGAGGGGCUUGAAGUAGUCUAGCGUUUGGGCACACCCCGCAUGUACUUGAUCAGUCCUUUCUCCUCCCCCUCGUAGUAUAUAUCACAGCCAAAUGUCCGCUGCUAUCAACCCGAAGCGUUUCUGGGGCGUGCCAGAUCGCCCGCUUUCUGCUGAUCCUGCUGCAGCGGCCACGUCGUCGUCGAACCGCUUUAGUAGCUUUUCCUCGGCCCUAUCGUCGAGCAUAUCUUCAGCGUUUGGCGGUCGCUAUUCGCGUUCAAACUCUACCUCGACCCAGAGCUCGGCGAAUCCCGUCCGCCCCGCCAGUGCCGCACCACAGCAGGCCAAGUGGGUCCCGCGCCCUGCGACGCUCGCGACGGCGAACCAGUCGCGCUCGUCGAGGCAUCGUUCGACAUCCAGCGCCUCUGCAGCGGCUGCGGCUCUUCCGUCCCCGGCUGAAGGACCGCUCCCACCUCUACCCCCGGAUUCCCGGCACCGAAGUAGUCCGGCCCCUCCCGGCGAAGGGGCCGAUGCCGGACCCGACGCCUGGCGUACGUCGAUCCAGCGAGCCGCUGCUUCGCGAUACAAGCAUCGCAUGCGUACCGCCGAGCAGGAGUUCCGCGAACGUUUGCGCGCUGCACGGUCCCCUUCGUCGCACCGUCGCGAUUCAAUCUCAUCUGGGUCAUCGGGAUCAACUGGCUCUCUGGCCUCGAAUGGAGAAGGCCACUUGUCAGAAGAGAUACGCUUGCGUGCUCAGUUUGAGCAGUUGGUCGCGCGUUUUAAGAGCCAGUAUGAAGAGGAAGUGCGUACGGGCAUUCGUGAAGAAGCUCGUCGUCGUGGUGUGCCGCCUCCACUCCCGUCUUCUAAUUCUUCUGCACCCGUUCUUGCACCGUCGCGCUCCCGGAGAGAGAGGUCCCGUGACCAUGGCGUUCUUGAUGAGGAUGAAGCCGACGAGUGGACAUGGCGACCUGAUGGACAUGGCGGAAAGCCGAUAGAGGCUGAGCGAUCACCAGACAAUGAGAAAUGGAAGGAAGCGGUGCGUCAAGAGCAGCAAGUCAUUUGGGAUGCAAUUAAACGCACUACAACGCCUUCUACAACGCAGUUAUCGUCAUCUGCGAGCCGGAAAGUGCAUUUCGCACCUGGGACUCCUCCCUCGACUGAUUCAUCAGGGGAUUCGAACCCGCCUUCGGCUACUCCUCUUUCGGCUUCACAGAUGCAACCGCCUUCAUUGCCGCGUACGCCUCACACGUCUGCAGGUUACCCUAGUCACCUAAGUGUACGGCCGUUGAGUGCACAUCCCUCCGUAUCAUCUGCUAACCGUCCGUUUUCUCCCGCUGUCACUGCUCCUGGUGUGCGUCCUGGUAGCGCACGUCCUUCAAGUCCAGCCUAUACACGCUGGAUUCCAUCCGCUGGGCCUACACCAGCGGCAGCCCCGAAUGGCUUAGGGGGAAGGCCGCCGAGCAACCCGAUUGCUAUUCCCGGUCGUAGUUCUGGAGCCGGUUUCGUUGAUGCGAACGGGAGCGCAGGGAAGGAAAGAACGGCUAGUAUAGGCGCGAAUGGAAGCUGGCGCGACUGGUCUACUCCAGGUCAUCCUAUGAGAAGAGAUGCGCCGACACCAUCGCCGACAGCUACAAAUGGUUCUGCUCACGGUCACGUGUAUCCACGAAUUGCAAGCAAUAGUAACUUGCACUCGUCCGUCUAUACGACUGUGCAGAUGCACGGACGCACGCCAAGCUCUGGAAAUCUCCAAGCAAUUCAUGGGAGGGCGCCAAGUAGUGGGGAUCUUCAGUCUGGAAUUGGAUUGAGGCGCGCUGUGACUCCUGGUGUAAGUUCUGCGAGUGCAUAUGCGCGACAACGAACUGCGAGUGUGACGCAAAGGGCGCCGAGUGUGCCGCCUUUGUUGAAUGGCUCAGCUGCACGUGAAGGGGGACGGGACCGCGAAUACAUGUAUGGAAAGGAGUACACGAGCAUGCGCGACAGGGAGCGUCGAUCAAAGACAAUGGUUGUAGAUGACCGUGAGCCGGAUGAGCCGAAUAUGCGCACUCAACCUCCUCUAUUUAAUGUCGGGGACCAGAUGAAGCGUGUGCAAGCGAGUGAGGGUCUGGGUUCUCGGCAAAGUAGCACACGGAGCGCACUUGUUGACGAUGACGCGCCGCCACCCGAAGCAUUCUCGUCCAUCGCUCCAGGAGCUAUUUCUUUACUCAAAUCCUCAUCGACUCACUCCGAGAAGUUCAGACACAAUACCAAAGAUGGUGAAGAAGAUAGGGACGAAGAUGAUAUUCUGGUACCACCGAGACGCGAUAAGGGGAAAGGAAAGGCGCGCGCACCACCGUCCCCUAUGCUUUCCUCCGUUCCAUUGCCAGGAACGGGACGAGCAAGGAGAGGGAGCCAUGGUCAUACACCCGGCGGGAUGUAUGCGGCACAGUUGGAGGAUUUUGCAAGCACGUUGAGGCGUGAUUUGGGGAUCAGCACGGAGGCAUAGGACUCUCGUUUAUCAUCUGCUAGGUUGGCAUUGAUGCUCUUAGUGCGCUGGUCGUCGGUCUAUGUCCUACUGCUUUCACUGCCCCUCUGGCUUUCCAUUUCCCUUCCUGUGGCUUUUGCUGGUGUAUUGGCCUUUGUGAUUCGCACUUACUCCGUGUUUCUUGCAGGCUCUGGUGUGUUUCUCAUCUCCGAUGUAUCCUCCCCAUUGCGUUGAUACGCAGUCGUCUUGGCUCGUCUUGCUGUGCUUUCAUUUAAAUUCUCAUAAGCCAUCUGCGAGGUGUACGAUCUGCUGUACGAGUUCACCCCUCCACGUGCGGCCUUUUGCCCGUGUAGACUCUGCAGGUCUUUACACUCAUCGCGGAUGUGCGUUGAGCUGAGCACAUGUCGGGUUAUUUGAGACCUUACUUUCUCUUUCCUUUGGGUCCAUUUUCGAUUUGCAUUAAUAUUGGUUUCAAUUGGUUUCUUUGUUUUCCCCAUUGUGUAUUGUACCUCACUUGGCAUUCAUUCAACAUGGCCACGCAUAUGCAUUUUAUUGUAUUUCCCUUGUUUUACCUGCGUUGUGCCUUUUCUUUUCUUUUUCUUUCUUUAGGGAGGGCAGUGGCGAUGGCGGGAUCAGCACAUUCUAUGCUGCACAGAGCAACGUGCCGCAGGUCCGGCCUCGACUCCACUCCUGUUUUUCUUGCGUUCGGCGUUCAUAUCAUUUGAUCCAUGUUUUCCUUUACACUUCACGUUGCAUCCACGCAUUCAUCAGUUUCAUUCUCAACCUCAACUGUUCUUACUUCACUGCCUUCGUCAACAGACUACCAAAUCAUUCACUACACAUUAUGCAUUGCCCUCAUUCAUCGCAUGUUUCCGUUGCACAUACACCCCCU